GUUCUAAUGAACCGAACCUCGAAAAGGGUAUUGUGCGACAUUGUAUACCAUUCGCGGAUGAUGAGCGACAGGAAGCUCGGAAAAGACGAAAGAAGUGGAUCGAUUUCGUUCAGCGAAAGAGAUUAAAAUGGACACCUGUGACGACAUCGUCAAUAUGCUCGCAGUAUUUUAAAGAUGACUUUCAAAGGAAAUUUUUUGUCCUUGCUUCGGAAGAAAAAACCAUGAAAUAUAUGCCACGAAUGAAAAGAGACGAAAUAAGAGUCAGUGUGUGUCCAUCUGUUCACUUGUCCUCGUCGACAAAGCCAGAAGAGACGGAAAGAGAUAUUCGCCGUAAGGUGAGCUACAGUACUUCGUCCAAAAUUCCUUUGCACCUUUAAUUAAUAAACAAUUUUUUUAGAUGUAUAUAUUUAAUUUAUAUAGAUUUUUCAUGCAAAGUAUGGUGAGUCGUCAACUCAGAGUAGUGGCGAACAAGUCAAGUGACAGACCCCGAAAAUAUCGACCAGGAACACCCAGAUGUCAUGGACAUGGAAGUAUGUAUUUAACAUGAGUGCUUUAAUAUAUUCAUGGUAAAUGGGUAUAGUAACUUAAUAUUCUAAACGUAUAUUUUAAUAUAUUGUCAACUUCUAAUUUUGUUCUGCCACUGGUAAUGAGAACAGGUAAAAAGUUUUAGUAUCUUUUUAUCCUGUUCUAGAUGCCAGCUGAUAUAGAAACUGCUCCCAUUACCAUGAAAGAAGCUUGGACUCAAACUCAGUCACUACCAACAUGUACUAACUGUCAGAAACUGGAAAAUGAUAAGCGUCUUCUUCGCAACGAAUUAAUUACCAUAAAAGAAAAAUUAAAGUUACAUUUAUCUAGCCAAGCUAAUAAUCUAUGCAUGUCUUUAAUAUAUGGGAUAUACGGGGGGGUGGUUAAGGGGGACAUUUCCAGAAUGAAGUAAGUGCAUAGGGAUAUAAAAAUUGACAAUCCUAGGCUAGUACUAUAACACAUGGUAGAAGUAUUUUUUCUGUGUCAUUUUUAUUGGUUUAUGGAGAUAAGAAAAUUAACAUAUAAGUGAUUUCCAAUUAGCUGUGAAUGUCUGAAAAAUAUGGGGAAAAAAUCUUCACUAGAGUGUGUAUAACCACUGAACAUAAAAAAAUAAAAUGUGUUUGUUGUAGAUACAUCAGCCACCAUUGGUUGUGAGAGUGAAACCCAGAAAUGUGAUACUCCCAGCACUACUGCCAUUCCUUAUGUCAGCAGUAUUCCUGUCUAUAGCAGUAUUCCUGACUAUAGCAGUGUUCAAGAUGACCAUUACAUGUCUAGUAAAAAAUCAGUGGGAGAAGAUUCAUCCCAAGGAUGGUAUAAAUUACUUUAA